AUGGCAUCAACAGUUGUUGAGGUCAUUUCACCAACUACAAAGCAACAAUCGCCACAAGUAGCGUCAGAAACUCAAAUAGCAAAAGAAUCAAACCGAAUUCAUGGUUUUAUUGCCGGUGUUGCUUCUGGAGUUACUAAAUUAACUGUUGGACAUCCAUUUGAUACAAUUAAAGUUAGAUUACAAACUACUGGAACUACCGGAAGAUUUAAAGGACCGAUUGAUUGUUUAAUAUCUACAUUACGAAAAGAAGGAUUCCGAGCUCUAUAUAAAGGCGCAACACCACCACUUAUAGGAUGGGUAUUCUUAGACUCUAUCAUGUUAGGAUCACUUCAUAAUUAUCGAUUAUUAUUACAAGGAAAUGAUCCAAAUGUUAAAUUAAAUGUUUUUCAACAUUCGUUGGCAGGAGCAGUAGCAUUUUUUGCUACACCAUUUGAACAAGUCAAGGCAAGAUUACAAGUUCAAUACGACAGUACAACAAGGACAUAUAAUGGACCAAUUGAUUGCGUCAAAAAACUGGUAAAAAAUAAUGGUAUAGUUGGAUUGUGGAGAGGAUUAAGUGGCAAUUUACUUUUUAGAAGUUGGUUAUCUGUAUUUUGGGGUUCAUACGAACUUUAUUCAAUAUGGUUACGUAAAUUAAAUUUAAAUGAAGCAAGCAUAAAUUUUUUAGCAGGCGGUUUAAAUACUGUAAAAAAUAGAAUGAUGGCCCAACCAGAUAUAAAGCCUCUUCAAUUUCCAACAUUGAGAGGCUGUAUUUCACAGAUAUAUAGAACAG